CAAACUCGUCAAGUUGGAACACUGAUGGAAUCCCAAAAUGGCUGAAAAUACUCCUGAGAGUGAUUUGGGAAGUAUAGAAUGUUUUCAAAAUUAUACAGCACCAGAGGUUUUUAUACAAGGUUUAGCUGGAAUAGUUGACCAACAAGAUGUAGAAGCUAUGAUUAGAGCACAGAAGCAAAUGUUACAGAGAUUUGAAAAGACAAAUGAAAUGUUAACCAACUGCAAUGCUCUUUCUGUAAAUCGGCUAAAAUCAGCCGGUACAGAGUUUAAAAAGCACACACAACUACUCUUAGAAAUGAAAAAAGAUUUAGACAGCAUUUUUAAAAGAAUAAGAGUAAUGACAACUAAAUUAGCUUCACAGUAUCCAGAAGCAUUUUCUGCUGUGAUGGAGAGAAGUCACAAUGUAGAGGAAGAUGAUAAUGAUGAUGCUGAAACCAAAGCCAAAGCAGGUCCCAGCAAAACAAGACAAACUUUUGAAACAGUUGCAGUUUCUGCAACAAAUCUUACAUCUGAUCAUUCAAGAACAGGCUCAUUAAAAGAAUCACAUUAUUCCAGGGAUAAAAGUGGUGAAGAUGUUAAUGAAGAAUUUGAAGAUCCUGGCACUGAUGAGAGACAUUCCAUAAAGAGGGAGAACAGUUCAUCUACGGACAGUCCUAAUGGAAAUAGCAACAAUGAUUCUUCACCAUGUACUUCAGAUACUGGAUGAUGUAUUUAUCCGAAUGCUUCACUAAAAUACAUUCAUUGCUGAUAGCCUCACAACUGUCUGAAGCAGAUCAUUUGCAAAUCAUGAAUGAUAAAGGUUGCAUAUUUUUAAGAAAACAUAAUAAAUGAUAUAUAUGUAUAAAUCAAAUAUUUAUCUCUUAUAUAGCAAUAGUUUCAAUAAAAUAAAUUGUUAUAAUUUUAGUUAAGAAUUAUGGUUGUGAUUUUAAAAAUUGUAUGUAUGAUGAAAUCCUUUUGUUUGCAAUAAAAUGUAUCUGUGGAGUUAAAAUAGCUUUUCGUAUGGUACAGUAAAGUGAAUUAAAGCAGUAUCUUCAGAAAAUCUUGUUCUGCUGCCUUAAUUUUUGUCAUACACGUAUAUAAGUAUUCA